ACAAUUCUUCUUCAUUUUCUGCUGUUGUUCUAUCCAUUCAGAUAAUAAAUAAAACUCUUGUGUACUGUGUCUUUUUGGCUUUACAAAAGAAAUAAAAAAAGAAAAAGAAAAAAAUACAGCAUAGUUUGUGAGGGAAAAAAAAAAGAGAGACAGAACAAAAUAAGCCCUAUUUUUUAUUAUUGGUUGAAAAUUAUUUAUUUUCGUUUCUUCUUCAUGACAGAGACGAUCAAGGGAAUAGACGCAGCGUGUCAAACGGACAUUGUGUGGAAAGAUAGUCCAGUAGACAAAUCCGUUUGGACAGAUGAGAAAUUAGCCAAGUAUAGAAAGAUGAAGAGAAAGCUGAUUCGUUUGAUUGCCAGACAUAAAGAGGCUCAAAAUGCAUUAAAUACAGCACAACGCAGGUUGCAAGCAUAUACAAGGAAGGGUAAAAGCAAGAUAACUGAUAUGGAUCCAAUGGAUAUAUCUGAAGAAGAAGAAGAAGAAGAAGAAGAAGAAGAUAGUGAUAUCUCAGACGAUGACGGUGAAUAUAGGAAAAAGAAACGUCGCUAUCAAAAAAGACGCUAUAGCAUUCAAAGAAAUGAAGAUGGAUCAAUUCAGUUGCCAGCACAGAUUGUAGCGUCCUUAAGAAUCAUUGAGUUAGGACGAAUUGACUAUGAGCGACCUGCAUUUCAUAAUGACAGAUACAUUUUUCCUAUUGGUUAUACUGCUGAGAGAACUUACAUGAGUAUGGUUGACCCAUCAAAUCAAACUAUAUAUACCUGUAAAGUAGAAGAUAGCCAUGAUGGACCAUUGUUUACACUUUCUCCAGCUGAUGCUCCCGAUCAGUGCUUGUCUGCAAGGACAGCUACGGGUGUAUGGGCACUUGUUAUCAAAAAGGUGAAUGAGGUCAGACAGAAGGAUUCAAGCAAUGCGAUCUCUGGACCAGAAUAUUAUGGGUUUUCUAAUCCAACAGUAAGGGAAAUGAUUGAAGAACUACCUAAUGUUGAUAAAUGUACAAAAUAUCGAAAAAAAUGAGCUUUUACUUUUUUGUAUAGUUUCCCUUAAAAAAAUAAACUUUUUGUGUAAACAGAAUGAUGUCAAU